AUUCGAUCACACGCUCAGCAUCUCUAGUCUGUUUCAAGCCGUGCGUUUACUCGCGCGUCACCACUCGUCUCCAACUCGAUAAUGUUGUGGAUCUAGUCAUCAAUUUACCAUCCCACUAUCUAAUAAGGGUCACGUUAGAUAUACGUGAACGAACAUAAUUAGUGUGUCAAAAUGUUCAUUAUGAAAAGGAUUUUGUUGUUGAGUGUUUUUAUCGUUACUUCGCAGGCUAAGAACAAAACGGAAUUAUUCGGAUUUCCAGAGACUGAGGAAGACGAAAACUUGAAAAACAAAGAGAACAGACAGCCUGUAUUUUUACCUACAGUUUGUCCAGAUACGGAGUUAUACUAUCCUGGUGACCAAAAAGACGAUUGGAUAUGCGACUGCAGACCAGCGUUCAUCUACCACCCAGCAACAGACAAGUGCUGGCCCGCCUUCCAGAAGGGGCCUUGUAAAGAGAAGGAAUACCUUAUACUACCUCAGAACUCCGUCAUACCAGUGUGCGUUCAAAACCCUUGCGUGGUUGAUGGCUUCGUGGAAUGGAACCAGCAUUGCCAGCGGCUCGGCUCCACCAAGGCCUGUGAGGACCUGUUCCCCAUCCCGGCAGCGCUGGGGGUCAACGCGACCACCCUGGUGGUCAGCUGCGUGAGACUGAACGUAGAGUUGAGGUUUGCCAGCGUGGUGCCGGUAUCCCCGGUGGCUUCAUGUCCGAGGGGCUGCAAAAGAAACGUCAAUGCCCAGUGCAUGGCGAAUUCGUAAUAAAAAUGUAAUAUUUAA